AUGGGAGUUAUCUCAAAGAGUUCGUUUGAGCGGACAGAGGUCAUUGGUCGAGGGAAAUUUGGAGUUGUUUAUAAAGGGUAUAACAAACAAACGAAGCAAGUAGUUGCCAUAAAAGUACUAAACUUAGAUACUGAGGAGGAUGAGGUUAUAGAUGUGCAGCAAGAGAUCCAGUUUUUGACAGAAUUGAAGAAUGUACCCAAUGUAACGCAUUACUACGGAUCAUUUUUAAACGAUACAAGGCUAUGGAUUGUGAUGGACUAUUGUGCCGGUGGUAGUGUUCGUACAUUACUUAAAUGUGGAGUUUUUGAAGAAAAGUACAUUGGGGUGAUAUUGAGAGAGUUAUUGAUUGCGUUACAAGCGGUUCAUAAGUUAGGGUUUAUACACCGAGAUCUUAAGGCGGCAAAUGUGUUGAUAACGAAAGAAGGAAAUGUUCGAUUAUGUGAUUUUGGAGUAGCGACGCAAAUAACAUCAAAUGCAUUAAAACGGACUACUAUGGCUGGGACGCCGUAUUGGAUGGCACCCGAAGUUAUACGUGAAGGGGACACAUACAAUGCAAAGGCCGACAUUUGGUCAUUGGGAAUUACUAUAUAUGAAAUUGCGACAGGAAACCCUCCAUAUUGUGAUAAAGACGCGAUGUGGGCCAUGCAAAUGAUAUCCAAACUGACGCCACCAAGAUUGGAGGGUCGAGAGUAUUCAUCUGCUUUGAAAGAAACUAUUGCAUUGUGUUUAGAUGAAAAUCCGGAAGAGAGACCAAGCGCAGAAGAUUUAUUAAAAUGUAAGUUUGUUAAAUUCUACAAAGGUCAUCCAACAGUGGUACUAAAGGAAGUUAUUUCAAGAUAUUUACUUUGGAGAGAUCGGGAUUCUUCGAGAGAUUCAGUGGCUUAUAUGAACUUAGAGGAGAAUAUGGUACCAACUCAUCCUCAUGGCAACGAAAAUAUUGAAAAUGAUAAUGAUCACCAGCUCCAAGUCAAGUGGGAUUUUGACUCUUUGAGUAGUCGUGAUUAUAUUAUUGAGAAUGAUAUAGAUAUGGAUCAAGUUGAGGAAAACUAUAAAGAUCCGUACAGGUACAACGAAGAAGAUGCAGCUAAUGAUACAUAUCAGACACAGUCUACAUUACAGAUGGGCAAUACCUUGAAUAAUACUAGAUCAAAUUUUGCUACAAGUACUUUAAAUAAUGAUUCAAAGUUUGCAAGCGAUAGAAUAAAUGCAACUGGAAGUACGCCCAACUCAGAGAUCCCAAAAUCACUUUUAACCUUGUUCCAAGAAGCAUCUCCCGAGAUUAAUGCGGCCUCCAGUAAUAUCAGUGGUCAAGGAUUCGAAUUGCCCCCAUCAUUUGUACCUAGUGACCAACGACUAGAAUCGCCAACUAUUGAGAUUCCAGAUAUGGAUAAUUAUGGUGGAUACGGAGAUAAACCCAUAACUAAUACUGGACAGCCGUCUCUUAAUAAGCCACCUACUUUAUAUCAUUCUCAAUCAGCAUCUGGUAAUUUAGAAACCAGGUUUUCAACAUCAGCAUCUGCCAACAGACAAAGAAAGUUAACUAUAUCAAAUACAUUUGGAAGUAAUUCAAGUGCAUCACAUCAGCCACCCCGUACGCCUUCAUCAACUACAUCUUCGAAUUUAAAAACUCCAUCUCCAAAACCAGUUCCAACAUCCUCUCUCAUGAAUGCCGCAGGCAUGUCGAGCACUUCUUCGCCAUCUAAAUCAAUGAAGGCUCUCCAAUCCAAUUCAAAUCCUUUGCUUCAACCCAUUAACUUUAAAUUGACAAACGAGCCAAGUGGUUCCAAUUCAAAUGGUGCAUCAAACCUUGGACCAACGAAUAAUAACAGUAUUACUCCUAACAAUAUUACCAACGGCAAUGGUAACUCAAAUCUAGGACCUUCUCAGAAUAACCCAAACGGCAGCGUUAAUAUUAAUAAUUCAAAUAUCAAUCAACCAUCGACAUCGCAUCUUCAACCUGCUACAACCGCAAAACCAAAGAAACCAAGGCCAGGGUUUCAUAUUCAAAUGCCUACACCAUCUAAUUCAAUUAAUCCACUCUCUGCAUUGACCCAUGAAUUUGAUCUGCACAGUAACCCAGCUUCCCAAAGCGAUAACGUGAAUCAGUUUGGUAUUAAUCCAUCCCAGAUUGGUAACUUGCCUUUAACAAUGACUCCUGUAACUGAGAAGGAAAAUCUUUCUUAUCCUACUGAAAGCGUAACUGAUUCUGAGGUUAUUAAUACUUCAUCUAAUUCAAGGCAUCAUCCAGCUCAAUUAAAGAAGGCCAAUACUUCUUCAGCAGUACCUACGUCGAGCCUUCCUACCACUAGUAACCCGUCUACAAUAAACUCGUUUUUGCCUAGAACUACUUCAUUAAGUGGUGCGCAUGGCAAUAGAGAAAAGUCGUCACAGACUUUCCCACAAAUUCCAAGUAUCAAUGGAGAAUUUUUCCUCGACACAACUCCUAAACACAAGUUGAUAAAUGAGCUUGAUACAAUGAUUAAAUUGUUUAAUCAAGGGUUAGAGGCUUUAGAAAAUGAUAUUUAA